UGAUAAAAUAAUAAUUUACAAGCGAAGAUGAGCAAAAUCCUACCUAGAUGCGAAAUUUCGAAUAACGUAAAAAAGUAAACAAGUUCGGAUUUCUAUCGUGAUUGUAUAUCGUUCGAAAGGCGUGUAUGUUAAUUUAUGAGCCGACGGCCGAAUGUGUGAUUAUCAAGCGAACUGGAAAAAACAUAUUACCUUAUCAGAUACGAUAACGCACUGACGAGUUGGCAAUAUUCGGUAGAAUUCGAAAAGGUGAAGAGAAAAUAAUUUUCUUUUCCAAUUUGUCGAGAUGGCAACCGGUGAUGGGAGACGCGUCGCACUAAUUACGGGCAUUACCGGACAAGAUGGUUCCUAUUUAGCAGAAUUCCUGUUGGAGAAGGGGUAUGAUGUUCAUGGUAUAAUUAGGAGAGCUAGUUCCUUUAAUACUGCUCGCAUUCAACAUCUUUAUGCGGAUCCAAAAUGUCAUCGUCAGGGCAAAAUGAAACUGCACUAUGGCGAUAUGACAGAUUCCAGUAGUUUAGUUAAAGUAAUUAGCACUGUGCAACCGACAGAAAUUUAUAAUCUUGCUGCUCAAAGUCACGUUAUGGUAAGUUUCGAAGUAAGCGAAUACACUGCUGAAGUAGAUGCAGUAGGGACAGUUAGAUUACUAGAUGCAAUACGUACUUGUGGUCUAGAAAAAUCUGUAAAAUUUUAUCAUGCAUCGACAUCUGAACUUUAUGGCAGAGUGGUAGAAGUACCUCAAAAUGAAAAGACUCCGUUCUAUCCUCGUUCACCAUACGCUUGCGCAAAAUUGUACAGCUUUUGGAUAGUGGUAAACUAUAGAGAAGCGUAUAACAUGUUCGCGUGUAACGGUAUACUAUUUAAUCACGAAAGUCCGCGCAGAGGAGAGAAUUUUGUCACAAGGAAAGUGACUAGAUCGAUAGCAAAAAUACAAUUAGGUUUACAAGACGUUUUUGAACUAGGAAAUUUAGAUGCUAAACGGGAUUGGGGACAUGCAAAAGAUUAUGUUGAAGCAAUGUGGUUAAUGUUGCAACAACCAACUCCGGAUGACUUUGUGAUAGCGACAGGCGAAACGCAUAGUGUUAGAGAAUUCGUAGACGCGGCUUUUGAGUAUGUAGGUCGUACAAUUAAAUGGAAAGGUGAGGGUGUGAAUGAGAUAGGACAAGAUGCACAAACCGGACAAGUAUUAGUCAGAGUGAAUCCUAAGUACUUCCGUCCAACGGAAGUUGAUGUACUUUUGGGUGAUGCUACUAAAGCAAAGGAAAAAAUAGGUUGGAAACCGACGAUUGCAUUCAAGGAUCUGGUAAAAGACAUGGUGGACUCCGAUUUAGAAUUAAUGAGAAAAAAUCCAGUCGCCUAAAGUUGUUAAUUAUUCAUGAAGAGCUAUGUCAUUUAUGAAGAACCUUGAUGUAUUUGCUGAACACAUUCUAUGUCUCUAUGAGACAAUGAUACUUAAUUAAGAUACACUUAUUGUAUUAAAAGAAUUUUAAUAUUAUUUUGUAAAACUACAUAUUCUUAGGUUAGAUGUGAACAAGCUUUGAAGUAAGAGAUUUAAUACUAUUAGGUGCUAAGAUAAAAUAGCCUCGUUCAGCAUCUGAUCCGAGAUAUGUGUAUACAUAAAACUUAACAAUAAUAUAUGUAACACAUGUUGAUAGUAAAUAUUACAUUUAAUCUAUUCCUUUUAUAGGUGCUGAUUUACACAUAUAUAUGUAUACAUUAAUGGAUUAUAUAAAAAUUAAUAUUUUCAAGAUU